GCGGCCGAACGACGGCCUCUUCUGCCGAACGAACUCAAAGUCGUCAGCGUGGCUCGCAGCACCACGCAGUCUCGACCGCCCUUUCGUCGCUCUCAUUCGCAAACACAUGUGUUUGGCAGCACUACGAGAGGGCCAGGUGCAUGUUACGAGUCUUUUGAAGCUUUAUCUCCGAUCGUCAGGUCAUUCAAGCCCAUCACAAUGUCGCCGGCACCAAAUCAAAAUAAUUCGGUGUGGAAGGCGAGGCCACGUGGCGCCAUCAGCAGCGUCCAGGUCAUCAGCGAACCCGCCAUCAAAGAAUUGCAGAUUUUGUACCCGGCGCACAAGAGCCCCUCGGAAAUGUUCCUGCCGCGCACCCCACUGAAGGUGGCGCCCGUCGCCCCUCGCAGGGUGUACACGCGCAGCCUGACGACGCCCCCGGGGGCCGUGUCGGCGGCGGCGGCAGCGGCCGCUGCGGCGGUGCUGCCUUCGCGGCCGCCGCGCCGAGUCACGUUCGACCUUUCGUGUGGCACCACCGGUGGGGCGGCCGGCGAACUAGGCAACCAGCAGCACAACGGAGGCGGCACGCAGCAGCAGCAGCAGCAGCAGGCCGGCGCCAACAGUGUCUCCGACAUCGCCGGAGUGUCCAACUGGCUCAGGAGUCGCCGCCACAACGCCAACAAGGAGAGCUUCAGGAUUAAGAUCGCCGUCAACAGCGUUGCUGAUUUGCUCCGCAGACGCUUCUCGAGCGUGCACUGCUCGUUCAACAACAACAUCAACAACCACAUCUUGCAGCUGAGCAACGCCAACAACAAGGUAUUUUCGGGCGUCGUGCAGCAGGCGAACGGCCUCCGCCGCUUUUCGAGCAUCGCUGCCAUCGACGCGAAAAAACUGCCGCCGACAGUGGGGCCGCCGCCGACUGCCUCCAAUGGGGGCGGUUGCUUCGCGGCCACCUCGGCGGCCGCCAUCUCGCUCGUCCGGUGUUGCCGCGAGGGCGACGAGGCCGCCCUGCAGGACCUCAUGACCGGCGCCAACGGCCUCCAGCUGCAGCCCUCUGACGUUAACACCUACGACAACUCCGGAAGGACACCUGUGAGCUACAUCGCCUCGAGCGGCUCGUUAGCCAUGCUUGAGGCCCUGGCCCAGUUUCCAGCCGUGGACUUCAACUACCCGGACAACGAGGGCAACACCCCGCUGCACUUCGCCGCCCAAGCCGGUCACGUUGAGGUGCUAAAUCUGCUGCUGAGUCGAUGCUCGGGGGUUGAAGUGGACGCGCGCAACUCGCUGGGAUUCACCCCACUAAUGAAAGCCGCUCUGCAGGGAAGGACCAAGUGCGCCAAACUGCUGCUUUUUGCAGGGGCAUCUCCAGCGUUGAGGGACUUGGGCCGCGGCUACCGAGCGGAGCAGUGGGCCCGGUACUGCGGCCGCCACAUGUGCGCCGAAGUGAUUGACAAAUUCUCGCGGCACCGCCUGCUGGAGCGGGCGGGGGCCACGCACCCCGGUGCGGCCGUGGGCGGCGGCCGCUGGGGCAGCGAGCCCGAGCUGACGGCCCAGGCGUGUCCGCCGCAGGCGGCCGCGCCCUCCUCCUCCGGCGGGGGCUCCUGGCUCAAGAGCAAGUUGAAACGGGCCUUCAAGUCGUCGCCGGCGAACCAAGACUCCCCUUCGAAGGCCUCCAAGCACCCUCCGCAGGAGGCGCCGGCGCCGCCACCGGCGCCGGUCGCCUCCCCUCCCCCUCUCACGCCGCGCGUCUUCAUCGUGCCCAAGGUGCAGGUGACCCCGGCCGGGUCGUCGGCGGGACCCUCGGAGGCCGACGGCGCCGACCAGACGCGGACGGCGGCCAACGCGCGCCGGAAAAAAUAGCAGCAGGAGGAGGAGUUUAUUCGCUACCUCUUGUACGAAUAAAUUCCCACUUUGCAUGGACACGGCAGUGCUCCCUUUGACGCGCAGUGUACAUAUUUAAAAAAAAAAAUUGCAUACAAAUUAGAGCGUUAUUUCUUAUUCUGGCGAGGUCGAUCGCAGCAUGUGAUUUGUAUUAAUUGACACGUUGGUGGGCUGUGCGGAAUAAAUUUGCAGAAGAAAACAACACACUUGAAUUUGUAAUGCGCCCGGAUAAUUUGCUCUUGUGUCGGAAAUUCAAAGUGUGAAAGAAGAUUUUAUUUGAUUAAAUUUCAUUGAUUUUCCUUUCAAAAUUGGCUGUUAUACGGGUUUAUAUAUAAUUGCUACAGCUUUGAAUUUUUUAUUAAGCGUGGAUAUUUUUUGUACGGAUGAUUUGAUUGAAUAAGGGUGACACAGUAAAGCAGGCGCCCUUGCAUAAUGUAUUCCCCGUGUGUGCAGGAACUGAUAAGGACGGGAGGGGGGUGGUGUGAUAAGCCAGGAAUAGAUAUUAAUUAUUGCUGUCGUUUCAAGUCAACAAACUGUAUAUAUACCAGCACCUCCGAUGCACCGACAAAAAUAUGUCAUUCGAUCUGUAGCAGCACUUUACGAAAACCUUUUCUACCCUUAAGCAAGAAACACCAAAAAUGUGUCAAAUUGAUAAAGAUUUAAUCUAAAUAAGCGCAGCUUUUAUUUUUGUGAAUAUUAAAUUUGCAGAAAUUUGAAACAGUCAAAGCUUUGUGCAGCUUUUGUUCCAGUCUUUGCUUUGGAGGAACUCAAAGUGGUCGACUUGGAUAAGCUUUGAUCUAUUAAGAAUAAAAAUGGAAUCAUUUUUUUGUUUCCUAACAAUAUUGUGUCUUGCUCCAGUUUCAUUUAAGAUCAAAGACGUUACAGUUGCAAUAUCAAAAAUGAGACAAGCAGAAAGAACACCACCAAGAUCUACUGAAAUCACCAAAAUAAUUUUCUGAUGCAUUUUUAUACACCUGCUGGUUUUUCAAUAUUUGACGCUUGUUGGCUACAGACACAACUCUGCACUUUUGUCACUAGAUGUUGUAAAUUUGUCUUCCUUCUCUGAUUUAAUUAAAUCUAUGGCCAAUGUGAUUAAAAUAUACACGAAUCAAGGUUACAAGUUGCAUAUUUGCUUUUAUUUAUGUAAUCCUUUCUCAUAAAAUUUUUUUUAACAAUUUCUGCCUGUCGCAG